GUAUUUCAAAGAAUUCAGAACCUGACAUAGGGAUGCCUGAAGCAGAAGCACAGAGAUUUUUCCACCAGCUUAUAGCUGGUGUGGUCUACCUACACAGUCUAGGAGUAACACAUCGGGAUAUUAAGCCUGAGAACCUGUUGCUGGAUGAAAGAGAUAAUCUCAAAAUAUCUGACUUUGGGCUAGCAACUGUAUUUAAAUACAAUGGACGUGAGCGAUUGUUGAACAAGAUAUGUGGCACUCUUCCAUAUGUUGCCCCCGAGGUCCUUAAAAGAAAAGAAUUCCAUGCUGAGCCAGUUGAUGUUUGGUCUUGUGGAAUAGUACUCACUGCAAUGUUGGCUGGAGAAUUACCAUGGGAUCAGCCUGUUGAUACUUGCCAAGAAUAUUGUGACUGGAAAGAACAGAAAUCAUAUCUUUCACCAUGGAAGAAGAUUGAUUCAUUGCCACUGGCUUUGCUUAUCAAAAUAUUAACAGAGAAACCCGCAUCAAGAGUGACUAUAGCAGACAUUAUAAAAGACAAGUGGUAUACAAAACCUUUACAGAAAGGUAAAUUUCUUUAAUAUACAGUAUAGCUGUACCUCUUUCAAAUAUUGUCACAUGUACAAACACUUUCAAUGAUGUCACACAUCUACAUCCUGUGUCCUUGAUACAUCCAUUAUUCGACAGACCUAGAUAUACAUCCUUCCAAUACUGUUAUUUUUAGUGGGAACACAAUCUUAAUGAAAUUUCUGAUAAAGAAAAUAGGUCCCAAUUUGCUUUUAUGCAGUUUGGGAAUAGAUAUUGAUGAUCAUUGUGAUAAUUUUGGAGACAUUGCGGUUAUUUCAUUUUCUCCCAGUCUGCAUAGUUGAUCCAGCCAUUAAUUAAUUUUGCAUGAAUAUCCUUGAGUUUAUUCUUGAGCUACUAAUACCAAAAUUGUUUGAUACCAUCACCCUUGCCUCCUUCCUCUAGAGGAAGAUUCGUUUCUUCCGCUAAUC